GGUUAGCGCUCGUGCCCGCCUCCCCUCUGUCCCUCACGCUUAAAAAGAGAGGCAGACGGAGCCGAGUGUCACUCAGGCUGAAGAAUGAGGUCCUUAAAGCACCUGAAACUUCACAGCAGGAGGAGCGCGGAGGAGGCGAGCCGGCGCCUGGGUAGAUGUGAGCCCAAGGUAAUGGCCAGGCUGGUGGACAUAAGCACACAGACAGAUCCCGUAGUUGUGCUGUCCUUGGCCCAGGCCGCCGUGCUAGGUCUCAUCUCCCAGAAUGAAGUGUUUGGAGCUACCAUCGCACCCAAUGGCUUCUACACCGGCGAACCCAAAGAGUCCCCUGCACCGCCAGUAGACGGAGUCGACUACGAGUACGCAGACCAGCUUAUCGGUGCCAACGGAGAUUACCUCGGAGACAACUUAGGAGAAGACGGCCAGAUGCAGCCCAGCUGCAGCCAGAGGCGGUGGCAACAGGCGGCACCGCCACCGCAACACGUGGACACCAAAAUGAUCCUCCCUGACCGUCACGCCCUCCAAGGCAGUGACGUGACCUCCUCCCACGUGAAAGGGGAAGAGGUAACCUCUGCUAUGCCCUCUUGCGUCCACAUGCUGAACAAUAUGGCUCCCAGAGGGGGAUUAAUUCAGGUAGAUCCAGCCACUCUCAGAGGCCCCAACAAGAACUGUGCAGAGUGCGAGCGCGAAGUCACCAACCAGCAGCAAGCAAACACUCACGUCCAUCCUCCACCUGCCCAAGUGGUACAUAGAGGGGCAGAGCAGGGUCACAGGGGACUCCAGCCCCAGCGCCCCAUGGGGGGCCACUGUCGAGGAGCUAGAGGGGACGAAGAGGAGGUAGAACACCCGGGCAACACUAUGAUGAAGCCCAAUCAGCAGGAGGAAGCUAUCAGCAGCUACUUUCAGACCAGUGAGGUGGGCAGCUAUGACUCUACAGAAAUGGGUAUGGGCGGCGAGUACGAAGAUGGCGGCCAGAGCAUGAUGUGGACGGACGGGAGCGGCGGAGCGCAGCAUCAGCAGCCCCCACAUCCUCAGCCUCCCCGGCGACAUGGCGGCCGCAGAGUGGACCGGCUGGACAUAAACAUCCAGAUCGACGAGUCGUACUGCGUGGAUGUUGGAGACGGCCUCAAGCGCUGGAAGUGUCGCAUGUGCGACAAGUCCUACACGUCCAAGUACAACCUAGUCACGCACAUCCUGGGCCACAACGGCAUCAAACCACAUGCCUGCCCUCACUGCGGGAAGCUCUUCAAGCAGCCCAGUCACCUUCAGACUCAUCUGCUGACCCACCAAGGAACGCGGCCCCACAAGUGCACUGUCUGCAAGAAGGGCUUCACUCAGACCAGCCACCUGAAACGACACAUGCUCCAGCACACCGACGUCAAGCCAUACAGCUGCCGGUUCUGCCGCCGGGGCUUCGCCUACCCCAGUGAGCUGCGGGCGCACGAGGUGAAGCACGAGCGCGGCCGCUGCCACGUCUGCUCGCAGUGCGGCAUGGAAUUCCCCACCUACGCCCACCUCAAGCGACACCAGACCAGCCACCAGGGCCCACACACCUUCCAGUGCACAGAGUGCAACAAGUCUUUUGCAUACCGGAGCCAGCUCCAGAACCAUCUGCUGAAGCACCAGAGCCCGCGGCCUUACACCUGCUCCCAGUGUGGCCUGGAGUUUGUGCAGCUCCACCACUUGCGUCAGCACUCGCUAACUCAUAAGGGAAUGAAGGGCCACAAGUGCGAGGUGUGUUCCCGGGAGUUCACCCUGUCCGCCAACCUCAAGAGGCACAUGCUCAUCCACAACAGCGUCCGGCCCUUCCAGUGUCACGUCUGCUUCAAGAGCUUCAUCCAGAAGCAGACCCUGAAGACCCACAUGAUCGUCCAUCUGCCCGUCAAGCCUUUCAAAUGCAAGGUCUGUGGGAAGUCCUUCAAUAGAAUGUACAACCUGCUGGGCCACAUGCAUCUCCAUGCCGGCAAUAAGCCCUUUAAGUGUCCUUACUGCACCAGUAAGUUCAACCUGAAGGGGAACCUCAGCAGGCACAUGAAGGUCAAACAUGGAAUGGACGUCUCACCAGAAGGUCAAGAAACUCUCCCAGAAAUGGAAAGCCAAGGCGAAUAUGAAGGCCAGAACUUUAACUUUACAUCAACAGACAAUAUGGACAACAGCGGUUCCCAAAACCUCACAAAACUCACCACGGCGAACAUAGAGGACAUGGAGGAAUAUUACAAUUUCGGGAAGGAUACGAGCAGCUACACCACGCCAUGAGUGUUAAUGGACCAGAGAAGAUGCUAUUUCCCCUCCUCCCUUCUUCCUCUGAAAGCUGAUGGGAAUUACAGAGUUGUUUUCACAGACUCUGGGGGAAAAUGUUUUUUUUUUCUUUCUUCUUCUUCUCCUCCUUCUUCUUCAUCCCUUCCUAGCUCGGGCCUCCUUCCAGAAUCUGACGGACGAUGAUGGGAGGCCUGGAAGGAGGCGCGCUUCAAAGGAGCCGUUUCAACCCCCGCCCGCCUGCAGCAGAGACUCUGAAGCUGCCGAUUGUGGUUCUGGAAGCUCCUUUCACAUAAUAACCAGACUUACUGACUCACAAAACUGUCGCUGACGGACAGUCGAACCUCUAUGUUGUGUGUAUGUGUCAGUUACUUAAAAAAGAAGAAAACACUGCAGAUGUGUUUAAAGAAAAAAGAAAGAGUCAUCGUUCGCCAUCUUCGUUCACACAUCCAACACACGGCAUCGUAUUCUGGACUGGAAGUGCCAGCUAGAAACAUUUUACGGCUCAUCUUCCACCCUGUCCACCUGUUGCUCAUUAAAUGCUGAAGUUUUGAUAAAUAGUCACCACAUAUUUAUAGAUUUCAGGUCAAGAACUGCUGGCAUGUAAAAGCCCUCUCACUGUACAGAUGUUUUCUGCGACGUGCAGCGUGUUUACCCACCAUUUCUAUUCCACAUGGUCUAGCUUUACAUGAAUAAUCUAUCCUGUGUAGUGAAUAUAUCACUCUAGUUUUUGAAUUACUGAGUAAAUGAUACGAAGCACUUUUUUUUUUUUCUUUUUGGGUUGAAACUUUUCUUUUUGUUUGUUUGUUGGGGAAAUAAGAUUGUAAAAUCUUUCAACCCCAAAUAUGGCAAUAUUAUUAAACUAUAUUAUUAAACAACAGA